GGGACGAUUAGUGUGCUGGUGACUGGCGCAGCCGGACAGAUCGCUUAUUCUCUGCUGUACAGCAUUGCUAAAGGAGAUGUGUUCGGCAAGGACCAGCCAAUCAUCUUGGUGCUUCUGGAUAUCACUCCCAUGCUGCCCGUGCUGGAUGGAGUCGUCAUGGAGCUGCAGGACUGUGCUCUUCCACUUCUGAGGGAGGUGAUUCCCACUGAUAAGGUUGAGGUGGGCUUCAAGGAUCUUGAUGCUGCUAUCUUGGUGGGCUCUAUGCCCAGAAAGGAGGGCAUGGAGAGGAAGGACCUACUGAAGGCUAACGUGGCCAUUUUUAAAACCCAAGGUGAAGCACUGGAGAAAUACGCCAAGAAGACCGUCAAGGUGCUAGUUGUCGGAAACCCAGCCAACACCAACUGUUUGAUCGCCUCCAAAUCAGCUCCCUCUAUUCCUAAGGAGAACUUCUCCUGCCUGACCCGUCUGGACCAUAACAGGGCCCGCUCUCAGGUGGCGAUGCGUGUUGGUGUGCCCUCUGACAGUGUGAAGAAUGUGAUUAUCUGGGGAAAUCACUCCUCAACUCAGUACCCAGAUGUGCACCAUGCUAUCGUGAACAAUCAUGGGAAGGAGAUGUCAGGUUUUGAUGCAGUGAAUGACGAAAGCUGGCUGAAGGGUGACUUCAUCACCACGGUGCAGCAGAGAGGUGCAGCUGUCAUCAAGGCCAGGAAGCUCUCCAGUGCAAUGUCAGCUGCCAAAGCCAUCUGUGACCACAUGAGGGACAUCUGGUUCGGCACUCCAGAUGGUGAGUGGGUGUCUAUGGGCGUCUACUCCACUGGUAAUUCCUAUGGGGUUCCUAAUGACCUCAUGUACUCCUUCCCUGUUAUGAUCAAGAACAAGACCUGGAAGGUGGUUGACGGACUCUCCAUAAAUGAUUUCUCCCGCGGUAAGAUGGAUGGCACCGCCGCUGAGCUGGUAGAUGAGAGAGACACAGCACUCACCUUCCUUGGAGCGUGACUUGAUGU